AUGAAGGUGCUCUACUGCCUCGCUGCGCUUCUCGCCGCCGUCUCGACGGUCACCGCCGCCGCCGACGACAAGCAGCGGACGCCCGAGCAAAUCGCGGCCAUUCAGGACGACGCGGAUGUCAACCGCAAGUGCCACACGUCCAACGCCAACUACAUCCCGUCGCUCACAAAGGGCAAGUACGUCGAGUCGGCUUUUCACAACUGCUUCCGCACGGACGCGCAGAUCACGGAGCUUCUCGACGCAUAUGUCAAGCUCAACCCAAGCGUCUUUACCAAGUUUCCCGUGGGCGAGAGCUACAACAAGAAAACCUUGUUUGGCUACAAGCUGGCGGCGUCGCCGUCGGCCACGCAGGCCAUCUACCUCCAGUCGCUCAUCCACGCGCGCGAGUGGGCCACCGGGUCGUCCAACCUCUAUGCGAUCUCGGCGCUCCUGGACGACAUCAACAAUGGCAAAGUCGCAGGCUCGCUCCUCGAAACGUACGCCUUUUACACGGUCCCGAUCGUCAACCUCGACGGGUACCAAAUGAGCUGGAACGGCAACCGCUACCAGCGCAAGAACGCCAACGGCGUCGACCUCAACCGCAACUGGCCUGGCCCGUACGACGACCCGAACCCGCCCAAGCCCGCCGACGAGACGUACCCGGGCCCGUACCCGUGGAGCGAGCCAGAGACCAAGACGAUUGGCUCGUGGCUGCUCAGCAAGAAGGGCGAGCUCGCGGGCUUGAUCGACUUGCACUCGAACGCUGGCGCCAUUUUGAUCCCGGUCGGCGACACGAAGAACGCACUCCCGGGGGACACGGACGCGCGCCUCCUCGAAGCGUCGGGAACGGCCCUCGGCACGGCCAUGGGCGGCGACUACGAGGUCGGCCGCAGCUACGAGAUCCUCGGCUACAUGGUCUACCACGGCACGCGCGACUGGGGCCUCCGCAACUUGGACAAGCCGACGCUGACGGUCGAGAUGAUUGGCGACGACUUUGUCGUACCCGCGUCGACGAUCCGCGCCCGCGGCAAAGAGCUCUACGCCGGUCUCCAGACGUACGCCAAGGAGUGCACGAUCUACAACGGCAAGAACUCGACGUCGUCCCCGACACCCGUUGUGACGCCGCGCCCGAGCUGCUAAGUGUUGCGCGUGUGUUGUCUCGUUUGUACAAACUCCAUUUCUGUUUUUC